AAAGAUGCUGGAUAUUAAGGCUUGGGCUGAGUACAUCGUGGAGUGGGCUGCAAAGGACCCAUAUGGCUUUCUCACGACUGUCAUCUUGGCCCUUACACCACUGUUCAUCAUUAGUGCAGCACUUUCAUGGAAGCUUGCGAAAAUGAUCGAGGCCAGGGAGCGAGAGCAAAAGAAGAAACAGAAGCGCCAAGAGAACAUUGCAAAAGCCAAACGAACAAAGAAGGAUUAAAUGGGCAGAAAUGGCCAUCCUUGUGCGAAGAAUCCACUUUUUCAAUGAAACACUUGUAUGUUUUGUGUUGUAACUGUCCUUUGAUACUUGAUCCUGUUGUUUCUUGAAGUAUGAAAUUUAAUACUUCCAGUGUAUUUCUUUUCUGAUGAUUUGUGUUAAUAUUUGCCCAAGUGACACUUGUUAAGAGUCAUUAAAUCUAUUACUUGUGUUCUAGUGCAGGUUGCUUUUUGAAAUUUGCAUGUUAAAUUAAACAAUUAAC